CUGUUCGGGCACCAUUUGUUUACGAUUUGUGCAACGGCGGCACCGCAACGCGCUUUUACAUAACAUAACUGUUGUUUCCAAUAAACACAAAACUAUGGCACUUUUUGAGAUGAAAUGGCUACGGCGCUUGGUGCGGCGCAACACAAGCCCCAUUCCGGAGCACCGUGCCGAAAUGUGGAAGCGCCGCCUCAGCAUUGGCUAUGCGAUUCUGGCCUGGAACGCCUUCGGCCUGGUCUGCUACAUGGUCUACACAGGACGCAACGACUGGGCAAAGUACCAUGGUAUCAAGACGGAGGAGGAAAUGGCCUUGUCGCCGGCCCAACAGUUAGCCAGGCACAUUAAAGUGGAGGGAACUGGCAAAAUCAUACGCUACUCGGGCUUCAGGAAGGUGGAGGAGAUACCAUUCGACUCUAGCACUGUGGAUAGAGUUAAGGAGUAAAGCAGACAUUUAUUCAUCUAAACUAUAA